UUCUCGUCUUCUUCCCCCGAAAAUUAGCAGCACAGCUGCAGACUUGCAUCUCCUUCGUAGUCCCCGCCCGUCUCGCGCAAACGACCAAGGCGAUCCCUCCAAAACCUUGGCCAAAUCCUGCUAAUUCCAGUGAUCCCUUCUUGUUCCUCACCUCGCUAAAUCCAUUCUUGUUCGCGCCAAGCAUCUCUGUUGCUUUAGUUAGUACGACAAGCACGUACAGACAGUCAUACAGAAAUCAUGCGACCAGAAAGGCCACCGCUGCACCCUCCGGCGCAAUCUUCGCAUGAGGCGGCGGAGGCAGACAUGGACCUGCCCGUCGGCAGGCUGCCGGACCCGUUGCCGUCGCCCAUAAUUAAGCACUCGCCGUCGAUGUCGAUACAGUCGCGGUCGCUACGAUCGUCCUCCGUGCACUUCGCGGCGGACUUCCGUUCGCGCUCCAAGCCCGAAUCAGCCUCGCCGUCCAUCGAGAGCUUCCGCACCGCCCGGUCGGGUACCCCCGGCGUCUCGCGGUCGUCCACGCGGCGAUCGGCGUCCGAGCGUCUCGGCUCCCAGCGGGACCUCCGCGACGAGGACGCGCGGUUCGUCUACAUCAACGACGCGCCGCGCACCAACGCGCCGCCCGCCGUGCUCCCGGACAACUCCGUGCACACGGCCAAGUACUCCAUCGCCACCUUCCUCCCGCGAAACCUCUACGAGCAGUUCCACCGGGUCGCCAACGUCUACUUCCUCAUCCUGGCGGCGCUCAACUUCGUGCCGCAGCUCCUCGUCUUCUCGCCCGUCGCGGGCAUCCUGCCGCUGGCGUUCGUGCUCGGCGUCACGGCCGUGAAGGACGGGUACGAGGACUGGCGGCGACACCGGUCGGACAAGAACGAGAACAACCGCACCGCGUCUGUGCUGGUGGACGGCGUGUUCCGGCCGAAGCGGUGGAAGGAGAUGCAGGUAGGGGACGUGGUGCGCGUCGUGGCGAACGAGACGAUGCCGUGCGACAUGGUCCUGCUCUCCACCAGCGAUCCCACCGGCGUGGCCUACGUCCAGACCAUCAACCUCGACGGCGAGUCCAACCUUAAGACGCGUUACGCGAAGCAGGAAACCAUGCUAACGCCGCCGGAGGCGCUCGCGGGGGUCAUCAAGUGCGAGAAACCCAACCGAAACAUCUACGGUUUCCUCGCCACCGUCGACCUGGACGGCCGCCGCGCCGUCUCCCUCGGCACCUCCAGCAUCAUGCUGCGGGGAUGCGAGCUCAAGAACACGGCCUGGGCGAUCGGCGUGGCGGUGUACACCGGCAGUGACACCAAGGUCAUGCUCAACAACUCAGGCGCCCCGUCCAAGCGCAGCCGGCUCGACACGCAAAUGAACCGCGAGACCAUCGCGCUCGCCGUCACCUUGGUGCUCCUCUGCUCCACCGUGGCUCUCCUCGCCGGCAUCUGGCUCGGCGACCAUAACGACAAGCUCGGCGUGAUCCCCUUCUUCCGCAAAUACGACUACUCCUCGCUCGAGGUUGGCAAGUACAACUGGUUCGGGACGGGCGCGCAGGUGCUGUUUACGUUCAUGUCGGGCGUGAUACAGUUCCAGGUCAUGAUCCCCAUCGCGCUCUUCAUAUCCAUGGAGAUCGUGAGGGCGGGGCAGGCCUACUUCAUGGUGCAGGACGACCACAUGUUCGACGACAAGAACAAGGCCAGGUUCCAAUGCCGGGCGCUCAACAUCAACGAGGACCUCGGGCAGAUCAAGUUCGUCUUCUCCGACAAGACCGGCACGCUCACGGAGAACAAGAUGGAGUUCCGGUGCGCCAGCGUGCACGGCCGUGACUUCAGCGAGAACGACGGCGGAGAGGAGGAUAGGAACGCCGUGCUUGUGGACGGCGUGAGAUUGAGACCGAAGACGCCGGUGAGGACGGACCCGAAGCUGACGGCGCUGCUCAAGGACGGGACGGGCGCCAUGGCCGGGCGCGCCCGCGACCUGUUCCUGGCGCUGGCCACCUGCAACACCAUCGUGCCGAUCGUGGAGGACGACCCGGCGGACCCGGCGGCGAAGGUGCUGGAGUACCAGGGCGAGUCGCCGGACGAGCAGGCGCUGGUCUACGCGGCGGCGGCGUACGGGCACACGCUCGUGGAACGCACCUCCGGCCACAUCAUCGUCGACGUGUUCGGCACCAGGCAAAGGUAUGGGCAGCAGACCAUCGUACCCAUGAUUUAUUAUUGA